AUGAGACCUUCAGCUUAUGAGUGUAGAGUAUACUUUAUAGCUUGCCUUACCUUGCAUGUUCAGCUAGUUUCACUAUUUCCAAACCUUGCUUUUGCUUCUCCUGAUUCAAGUGAAGCAGAAGCUCUUCUCAGAUGGAAAGCCAGCAUCCAGAUCCAAAGAGGGUAUAACAAUCUCACCUCGUGGACUUACCUUCCUGGCGAAGCCACCAAUUCAUCAAACCCAUGCAAUGUGUGGACUGGUAUUUCAUGCAACAGAGAUGGAAGGGUGAACAAGAUGAACCUUAGCAAUUCUGGUAUACAAGGUACGCUGCAUGAGUUUCCAUUCUCGUCCUUCCCUCAUCUUAAAUAUGUUGAUCUCAGCUUGAAUGAACUCUUUGAUACCAUCCCAGCUCAGAUAAGUUCCCUCUCCAAACUCAUUUAUCUUGAUCUCUCUUACAAUCACUUUAAUGGGAUAAUCCCUCCAGAAAUUGGCCUUCUAUCAAAUCUUGAAGUUCUGAACAUGUAUGAAAACCAGUUAAAUGGCUCAAUUCCCAAAGAAAUAGGCCAACUCAACUCUCUUUUUGAGCUUGCACUGGGAACCAACAAUCUAGAAGGGUCUGUUCCGGCUUCUCUGGGUAAUUUGACAAACAUGAACUACUUGUACUUGUUUAGAAAUCAGCUUUCUGGUGCCAUUCCUCCAGAAAUAGGAAAUCUAUCUAAUUUGAUGGAACUGUACAUGGGAGGCAACCAUCUGAUAGGUCCCAUUCCUUCAAGUUUUGGAAACUUGAAAAACCUAACUAGACUGUACUUGUUCAACAAUCAACUUUCUGGCCUCAUUCCUAGUGAGAUAGGGAAUCUAACAUCCCUUCAGAGGCUGGCGCUGAGUGUCAACUAUCUAACAGGUCCAAUACCUCCAAGUAUCGGAAAUUUAAGAAGGCUAACUGCAUUGUAUUUGUUCAAGAAUCAUCUUUCUGGUUCCAUCCCCUCCGAAAUUGGAAAUUUGAAGUCUCUUGAGGGAUUAAGCUUCUCAAGUAACAAUCAUCUAUGGUUCCAUACAGACAAGAUUCGUGGUUUUCAUCCUAAAGAGAAAGGGAAUAUGCAAUUAUACUUCUCCCUCAACUAUACAAACAAGCUUUCAGGAACUAUCCCCAGAGAGAUAGGGCGCUUGAAAUCUCUGUUAUACCUAGAUUUGUCUGGUCAUCAACUCCAUGGUUCAAUUCCAAGGUCAUUUGGUGAUCUGACAAAUCUUAUCUUUCUCGAUCUCUCUGGAAAUAAGCUUUCUGGUACUAUUCCUAUGGAGAUAGGGAACUUGAGAUCUAUUGAGUUUCUAGACUUGAACCAUAAUCAACUAAAUGGCUCAAUCCCAACAUCCUUGGGUGAUAUGAGAAAUCUUACCACUCUCCAUCUUUCUACAAAUAAGCUUUCUGGCAUUAUUCCAAUGGUGUUAAGCCACUUGAAAUGCCUUGUGAGCUUGGAAUUAAACUUCAAUCAACUUGGUGGUUCCAUUCCCACUUCAUUUGGUGAGCUGAGCAACUUGGAAAACUUAAACCUCUUGGACAACCAACUCUCUGGCUCAAUCCCACAAGAAAUAGGAAAUCUCAAAAACUUGACCAAACUACAACUGGGUGAUAAUCAGUUUCUUGGUCACUUACCCCAACACCUUUGCCAAGGGGGAUCACUAGGCUAUUUUUCUGUAACCAAUAACUAUUUGAUUGGUCCAAUCCCCAAAAGCUUGAAAAAUUGUACAAGCUUAAUCAGACUCCGUCUUGAUGGGAACCAAUUGGAAGGAAACAUAUCAGAGGACUUUGGAAUUUAUCCGAAUCUUGAUUAUAUAGAUUUGAGCAAGAAUAACUUCUAUGGUGAAAUGUCACACAACUGGGGACAAUGUUCACAGUUGAGUUCCCUAUUGGUUGGGGAAAACAACCUUACUGGUGGCAUACCGCCUGAGAUUGGCAAUGCAACCCAAAUUCAUGUACUUGAUCUUUCUUCUAAUUGUUUGGAUGGGACUAUUCCAAAGGAAAUUGGGAGGUUAACUUCUUUGGUAAAGUUGAUGUUGAAUGGAAAUCAACUUUCUGGUUGUGUACCUUUUGAAUUUGGAUCAUUGGCUAAUCUUGAUUAUCUUGAUCUAUCCACAAACAGAUUCAAUGAGUCAAUUCCAAACUUUGUAUGUGACCUCCUUAAAUUAAACCACUUGAAUUUGAGCUACAACAAGUUUGGAGAAGGAAUUCCAUUUUGUUUAGGGAAGUUAGAUCAUGUUUCUGAACUUGAUUUAAGUCAUAACUCACUUACUGGAAGGAUACCAUCAGAGAUUUGUAAUAUGGGCAGUUUGGAGAAUCUUAAUCUGUCCCACAAUAAUCUCUCUGGUCUCAUUCCAGCAAGUUUUGAAGGCAUGCACAGCUUGUCAUAUGUCGAUGUAUCCUACAACUACUUGGAGGGUCCACUUCCCAAGAGCAAAGCAUUUCAAGAAGCUCCCCUGGAAGCAUUGCUAGGAAACAAGGGCUUGUGUGGCGAGGUUGGCCCUUUGAAACUCUGCAGUGUACAAAGCAGUAGAAAGCACCAGAAACAGUUUCUAAUCAUAUUCUCUCUUCUAGCAGCACUAGCAUUUCUAGCUGCUAUCUUGGCAAUUGUCAUUGUCAUUGAAAGAAAGAAGAGGCACCAGCAUCAACAAGAAACCAACAUGCAUGGAGAAAUUUCUUUUUCCGUAUUAGGUUAUGAUGGAAAGAUGAUGUAUAAGGAAAUCAUAAAGGCAACAGAAGAUUUUGAUUCCACAUACUGCAUCGGAAAAGGAGGCCAUGGGAGUGUAUACAGAGCAAAUUUGUCAUCUGCCAAUAUAGUUGCUGUGAAGAAACUCCAUCUGCUACACAGUGAAGACGAUAAUUUUCAGAAGGAAUUCUUGAAUGAAAUCAGGGCGCUCACUCAGAUACGUCACAGAAACAUUGUGAAGCUGUAUGGUUUCUGUUCACAUAAGCGACACUCAUUUUUGGUGUAUGAGUAUCUAGAAAGGGGUAGCUUGGCCACAUUGCUGAGCAGUGAUCAUGAAGCCCGAGAGUUGGGAUGGAGUAAGAGGGUGAAUAUUGUUAAAGAUGUGGCUAAUGCAUUGUGCUAUAUGCACCAUGAUUUCUUGCCACCGGUUGUACAUCGGGACAUAUCGAGCAAAAACAUUUUGCUGGAUUCUGAAUACAAGGCCUAUGUUUCAGAUUUUGGCACUGCUAAGUUCUUAAACCCAGACUCAGCUAAUUGGUCUGCCCUUGCAGGCACAUAUGGUUACAUGGCACCAGUAAAUGAGAAAUGUGAUGUCUAUAGCUUUGGAGUAUUAACUUUGGAAGUAAUUAUGGGAAGGCAUCCAGGAGAUAUCAUCUCAUCUUUAUCCUCCCAGUCAUCAUCAUUGUCAUCAACAUUACCGGCCCAUCAAAUGCCUAUCAUGGAGUGUCUGGACCAGCGCAUUUCCCCUCCUUCAUAUAAAGUUGCAGGUGUUGUUCUUUCUCAUUUUAAGAUAGCAUUUGCAUGCUUGGAUUCCAGACCAGAAUCUCGUCCAACAAUGACACAAGUUUCUCAACUCCUCUCAACUCAAAGCCUGCAUUUUUCCAAGGCAUUACGUACAUAUGAUAACAUUUGAUGAAUUGCUUGUUCUUUAUGGACUACUUUGAGAAUCAUAGAAUCUUUGAGCUAGUCCUCUUCCAAUGAUUGUCAUGUCCAGGCCAUUAGAAGCUACUAUUUUCUGUCAUUUUGUCUGCUUUAGUU